UGCGCUCCCGCUCCUGGCCCGCCGGCCCCCGCGGCCCGCAGCCGCCUCGGAUCCGCGCCCGCUCCGCCCCGCCCAUGGAAGGAGCUCGGGUCUUUGGGGCCCUGGGGCCCAUUGGGCCCUCCUCACCAGGGCUCUCCCUCGGGGGGCUGGCAGUGAAUGAGCACCGGCUCAGCAACAAGCUGCUGGCCUGGAGCGGUGUGCUGGAGUGGCAGGAGAAGCGCAGACCUUACUCUGACUCCACGGCCAAGCUGAAGCGCACUCUGCCCUGCCAGGCCUAUGUGAACCAGGGCGAGAACUUAGAGACCGACCAGUGGCCCCAGAAGCUGAUCAUGCAGCUCAUCCCACAGCAGCUGCUGACCACACUGGGCCCCCUGUUCCGGAACUCCCAGCUGGCCCAGUUCCACUUCACCAACAGAGACUGUGACUCGCUCAAGGGCCUCUGUCGCAUCAUGGGCAAUGGCUUUGCGGGCUGCAUGCUGUUCCCCCACAUCUCCCCGUGUGAGGUGCGUGUGCUCAUGCUCCUGUAUUCAUCCAAGAAGAAGAUCUUCAUGGGCCUCAUUCCCUACGACCAGAGUGGCUUUGUCAAUGCCAUUCGGCAGGUCAUCACCACCCGUAAACAGGCUGUGGGACCUGGAGGUGUCCACUCCGGGCCUGUCCAGAUUGUCAAUAACAAGUUCCUGGCGUGGAGUGGAGUCAUGGAAUGGCAAGAGCCUAGGCCUGAGCCCCACACCCGGUCCAAACGGUGGCUGCCGUCCCACGUCUACGUGAACCAAGGGGAGAUCCUGAGGACAGAGCAGUGGCCUCGGAGGCUCUACAUGCAGCUUAUCCCACAGCAGUUGCUGACUACUCUGGUACCGUUGUUCCGGAACUCACGCCUGGUGCAGUUCCACUUCACCAAGGACAUGGAAACGCUCAAGAGCCUGUGCCGAAUCAUGGACAAUGGCUUUGCUGGCUGCGUUCACUUCUCCUACAAGGCCUCGUGUGAGGUGCGUGUGCUCAUGCUGCUUUACUCCUCUGAGAAGAAGAUCUUCAUUGGCCUCAUCCCACACGACCAGAGCAACUUUGUCAAUGGCAUCCGUCGUGUCAUCGCCAACCAGCAGCAAGUGCUGCAGCGCAGCCUGGAGCAGGAGCAGCAGCAGCGAGGGAUGGGCGGCUAGCAGUGCCCCAUGCUGGGCCAGUCACAGUCCCGGACAAGGCCCGCUGGAGACUGGUCAGAUGCUUCUGAGGGGCACCUGGGGCCUGCACCUGCCCAGCACCAUGGAGGACAGCGUCCUGCAGUCUCCAAGGAUGUUCUUCUUGCCCCUUAUCUUUCCCUAAUAAAGCCUUUUACCCCA